AUGUCUACAAUAGAAAAGCUCCCAGAACUCCCCCACAAUGCAGGAACUUUCAGAGAGUCAAGACGGAAAUCUCUCUUAAUCAAGACGCGUAGUAGUGAUGAGUCUUCGGAAUCUCUGGCUGCUGCAAAUGCUGCUGCCAAUGCAGCUGAUGGAAACAGUAGUGGUGGUGGUAGAGCUAUACCGGUCUCAAUUCAGGAUACCACCCAUGUAGCAGGUCGUGACGAUGAUACGUUUAUUACCCAACGGGCCGGAAAACUGGUGCAGACGACGAAUCAGAUAUAUAUACCUGUGAUACCGACUGAGCCUGGAGCUGGACUAGAGUCUCGAAACACAUUGCAGGCAACACUAUUACUGCAAAAGAAGCGGGAGAUGAUGGAUGUUCAGUCACAGUUAGAUCGUAAACGCCAAGAGUUUGCUAAACGGAUGGAAGAGUGUCGUGAGAAGCAGGAAGAGCUACGAACUAAACAAAAGCAAAUACGAGAUCGCGUAGCCAAGUUUGAGAAAUUCCUCAAGGAUAAUGAUGCGAAACGUGUCAGAGCAAAUUCGAAAGCUCUUACGGAACGGAAGAUUAGAGAGCAGAAAGAAAAGGAAAUCAUACAAUUACAUAAGCUGCUACAAGCUGAACAAUUCAAGAAUUCAGCCACCAUGAAAUUAACAAAUUCAUACCAGACAUACGAAGCAUACCUCCAACGCGUCGUCGACUGCCUCCCACCGGACUAUCUCGAAAUCAACGAACCUCACAUAACCGACAUUCUCGCGCGUCACGGCACCUUGGUCGACACUGCCGCAGAUCUAGCCAAAAUACUGAUAAACCGUAACGAGGAAAUCGAGGCUGGUCAAAUCCGACUCGCAGCUCUCAUGAAGGAGGGAUCAGAUCAAGUCCUGCUGUGCAAUUCCAUGCUGGGGACCAAACAAAAGAAAUUGGAUUCUGUGAGGCAGCAGUGUGCGAUAUUGGAGCAGAGGUUAGAGGAGAGAGACAGGACUGGGAAGGAGAGGAUGCGAACACUAGGUGAAGCCAAACUAGCAAUCAACAAUCUCUACGACCGCGUCACAAUGAGAUCCCGAAACACAAUCAACAACACCACAACCAUCAUCAACAACAACAACACGACAAACCAGAACUCAAUGAUACCACCUGUUGCACUCGCUGCUGAAAAGAAAGAAUCUGGACAAGGAAACCUGAAUCCUGUUGUGUCAACAACACCGUCAUCGUUUCAAACUAACGUGACGCUGGCGCAAAAGUUGGUCGCUAUCAUGACGAGACUGCAAGAGAUGCAAGAGGUUUCUAGACGGGCUGCUGAAGCGAUUAAGAAUGAGGCUGCUAUUAAGAGGGCUGCUGGUACAAAAGUUUGA